GUGCAUGUUGGAUUAGAAGAAAAGAAAAAACGAGAAAUAAUCAUUUAACAUUUCUUCCAUCAUACUAUCCUAUCAAAAACCAAAUCAAUAUGGUCUCCUUUGGAAAGAUUUACGGUUUUCAACAUCACGCAAAAGUUAGCCGUUCUUUGGCUGCUGCCAAGAUCAACGGUGGCUCUUUGGACCUUGUAGAGACAAGAGCCUUGAAUGGUGAUUGCAAAAAGCCAGAAUACUUGGCUCAAUGGCCAAUGGGAAAGAUUCCUACUUUUGCUGGAUCUGAUGGCUUCAAAUUGAUCGAAGGUCGUGCAAUUGCUCGUUACAUCGCUGGACUUUCUGACAACUCCAAAUUGCUCGGUACCACAAAGGAAGCCGCCGCUCAAGUCGAACAAUGGAUCUCUUGGGCUGACGAAGAGAUCUUCAACAAGUUCUUCAACUUGAUGCGCGCCACUGCUGAGCCUGCAACAUACAACAAGAACGUUGAACAAAGAUGCUGGGCUGACUUUGAGCGUUCGUUCACCUACUUGGAAGGUUACUUGAAGAGCAAGACAUUCUUGGUCGGACACCGUCUCACUUUGGCCGAUUUGACAUUGGCAAGUGAUUUGCAACAUGCAUUCAUGCGUGUUUUGGGACCAGAGUUCCGCAACAAGUACCCCAACACUGUCCGCUACUACAACACAAUCAUUCACCAACCUGCCGUUUUGGACGUCUACAAGGGUUGUGAACUCGCCAAGGAGAACGUUAAGUUCAAGCCACCAGUCAAAGAACAAAAGCCAAAGGCUGCACCUGCCGCCGCCGCUGCUGCAGCACCCAAGAAAGAAAAAGCUGCUCCUAAGAAGAAAGCUGAAGAAGAAGAUGACGAUGACACACCCAAGGCAGCCCCACCACCAAAGCAUCCUUGUGCUUCUCUUCCACCAAGUACAUUCAUCUUGGACGAAGCCAAACGUCAAUACUCCAACUUGGAUACCCCAGACUUCUUGAAAUGGUUCUAUGAGAACUUUGACAAAGAAGGAUACUCAAUCUGGAGAUUUGACUUCAAGUACAACGAUGAAUUGACAAUGACUUUCAUGAGUUCCAACCAAAUUUCCGGAUUCUUUGAUCGUUUGGAAGCAUCACGUAAAUACGUCAUGGGAGCAGGAUGUGUUUAUGGAGAGAACAACAACAGCCGAAUUGCUGGAACGGUGAUUUGCAGAGGAAAAGACUAUAAGCCAUGCUUGGAAGUUGCACCUGAUUUGGAAAGUUAUGAAGUUAAAUCUUUGGAUCCAUUCAACAAUGCAGCUGAUAAGAAAUUCUUUGAAGAGAAUUUGUCAUGGGAAGGUACAUUGGAAGACGGAAAGGCAGUUGCCCAAGGUAAAUUCCUCAAGUAG